GUGAGUGUGUGAAGCACCAUGCCAAGGUCUUUCCUGGUGAAAAAGGUGAAACUGGAUGAUUUCGCCACCGGGGCGGAUUUGGAGAACGCCUACCGGCACCGGACAGACCUCAGCCUGCGGCUCCAUGACAAAGCUGCUUACAUCAGUGACUACAUCAGCCCGGUUGUGUAUGAUGCUGAGAGCGACAGUGGAAUCAAGGUGCCCUCCCCUGACCCCCUCUACGAUGGGAUCCACAGUGACUAUGGCGCCCCCGACUCAGAGUCCCCUGACAGUCCAGGCUCGGAAAUCACAGAUGGCUACAUCAACGGAGACACCGCAGUGAGUGAGGGAUACACAGUCGAUGCGUUCUUCAUUACCGAUGGCCGCUCGAGAAGGAAAGCCCUCGGCAGCCCCCGCAGCAUCCAGAGGCAUACCUGCAAUGAGUGCGGCAAAACCUACGCCACGUCUUCCAACCUGAGCCGGCACAAACAGACGCACCGCUCGCUGGACAGCAAGCUGGCUAAGAAAUGUCCCACCUGCGGGAAGGUGUACGUGUCCAUGCCUGCCAUGGCCAUGCACCUGCUCACGCACGACCUCAAGCACAAGUGCGAAGUGUGUGGAAAGGCGUUCAGUCGACCUUGGCUUUUGCAGGGCCACAUGCGCUCGCACACGGGCGAGAAGCCGUUCGGGUGCGCCCACUGCGGGAAGGCCUUCGCUGACCGCUCCAACCUGCGUGCUCACAUGCAGACCCACUCAGCCUUCAAGCACUUCAAGUGCAAACGCUGCAACAAGACCUUCGCGCUCAAGAGUUACCUGAACAAGCACUACGAGUCAGCCUGCUUCAAAGGCCCCUUCUCUCCUCUAGGCCCCCUAGAUGCAUGACCUCUGCGUAGAUGAAACAAGAGACAAAACUGCAGACAUGAAUUACCAUUAUCCUUACACACUGAACUGCAGACACAAACAAUCUAUUUUUUGCUCAGAAUAUGACCUUGCUUCCUCUCCUCCUCCCUGCCUCUCUCACCUCCCCCUCUGCCACCUCACUUUCCCUCAGAGCCUAUUCAUGAAGAUGAAGAUGAUGAAGAUAGCACAAUUUUUCUCUCCUUGAGAUUUGCCCACUUAAGGAUUUAACUGAUCUACGCAUGCACUUCCUCAAAAACUGAUCACCUCCUCUUCCUCUGUCCGGUUCUGGAUAGAGACAAUAAUACUAACACGGCUUCCUCCUGGCAUCUAGUGAAAGUAUGACACCGUAUGUUUUUGGGAAACUGAUGAAGAUGAGGAUGAUGAUGAGGACAAUAGUAAGCCUAAUGCUUCUGCACUGAAACGCAGUGAGAGAGCUUUUCCUUCUAAAUUUGUUUUUUUGGGGGAAUAAUAGUAAUAAUAAUAGUAAUAAUAAUGAUAAUAAUAAU